ACCUCUGAAUCAUGGAAAAUAAUUUCCAUGGUGUUUUCUUUUCUAUCCCGGGUAGGAACGUUGUAAAAUCUAACAGCUCUCACGCAAAUGGCCCAAUCAUGUUUGGUGUCAUCCAAAGCUUUCAAACAUGACCAGAGGCCACCACUUCCACUUGAUGCACUUGACAUUUUGUUGUGUUCUUCCCCUUUGCAGGCUGGGAGUUGAUUGUUGUGAUAAUUAUGUGGAAGCAUACGCAAUUGUCCAAUUUAUACUGCAGGAAUCUGAGACGAUUCACCUAGACGAGGAGGAAGCUGAAAGCCAGCCUAGGGCAUCGACAUAUACCGGGCUCUCAUGCGAUGAGGAUGACCUGGACAAGAUAGGGAGCGUAGCAAGAAAGCUACGUGCCCUGGAAGAAAAGGUGGAAGAAAAGGUGGGAACGAAAAAGCACACCCUAGCCAAAUCUCUCUUUUCGGCCAGGGUACAUGCACAAAAAUUGAGGCGGAAGGUCAAGUUGGACGUGGAGAAAUUCACUGGAAAGGAGGAUCCAAAUGUCCACCUUGACACCUUCCACAAUGCAGCACAGAUGGCCGGAAGGCCACCCUCCUCUUAUCAGGAAGCCUAUAAUACAGCAUGGGAGUAUGCCGAGGCGGAGGUCCUGAACAAGAGCAAGCAGGAGCUGGAGGAAGGCUAUACAAAAGUGAAAGCCGACAAGCAGAAGAAGGAUGACCAGACGGGAGGGUCCAAGCCAAAGGCCACAUAUGACGGGUCCAUCCACCAAAUAAGGGAUGAGAAGAAAGGAGAACAACACAAGCGGCCUUGGACGGAGAAGUGGUGCACCUACCACCAAUCCGACUCUCACAACACGACAGAUUGCCGGAAUGUGAGGGUCGUGCUCAGGGAGAUGACCUUGAAAGGGGAAUUGGGUGAAAUAUUCGUUACGGGGCUUGAGGAAGACCCAUAGGCGAGUACUUGAAUCCACCCACAUGAAUAUGAUCAGGGAAAGAAGAGAGGGUGGAUAAGAUGUGGUCAAGAUUGCUAAGCUUGCUGUAGACGG